AUGAGCUGCGACGGAGCCGACUUGGAGACUCCAAUUGUGGCCGAUGUGGAUGGGGAGGCUUGUCGUGCUCGUGACCUGCGUUUGCAGGAUCUCAAGGAGGAGUCUGCCGAAGAAUUUGAAUUGAGCUUUUUUGGUGGACGAGUUACACACGGUGCACGAGUGAAAAGAGCACUCCAGGUGACGGGUUUGCUGCUUUUGGGACUUGCACUAUUCUUUUGUCUCUUCAGAGAUCGGACACUGAUCCCAACGAUGAAAGAAGAGUUCGCACCACUCAAUGCUGCAGAAUUGGGGGCCAACGCGACCGAAAAUGCAACAAUCAAUGAGGCAAAGAAAGAGGCAACGAAAGAGAAAGAGGCUCCAAAAGACUGUCACACAGCAGUCCCGGGAGAUUCUUGCUACGGUGCUGUGCUUUGGCACAAGUGGAUCGGGCUGAUCGAACAACCGUUCAAGUACAACAUCACAAGGCAGGCCAAUCGCCAUACGGUUCAAGAAUGGCUUUGGCAAAACAAGCAAGCGGGAUGCCAACGCCCCUGCCCAGGCGAAUAUCCAGUCCCGACAGUACCAUCAGCGGCAGCUCCAAGAAUCUACUGCUUCUCAGUGGCCCGCGGCGGUGAAGAAAUGGAUGCAAUGUUUAUGCAGCGUCAGAGUGGCACUGGAAUUUUUGGCUGCAACGGGUAUGAUGUGUACAGUGAUCAGAGCAUUAAUAUUGAUGGAUAUAUGACCAAACUCAUCCCUUCUACCGCAGCCGGAGUCAGCGUUGAUCAGACAGCAGCGAAUUCACAGGUCUUCAUGAAAACCUGGCUGGACAUUCUCAAUGGCAAUUUUUGGUACACGUACGAUUUCCUCGCGAAGGUGGAUCCAGAUGCCGUCCUAUUUGCUGAUCGCUUGCGUUGGCACGUUCAAUCACGUGUGGGGCAGAACGUCUUCUUUCUGAACUGUGCUGUCCAUGCGCCAGCCAUGUAUGGAGCAGUAGAGGUCUUCUCAAAAGCAUCCUUGGGGGCAUACAAAGACUCGCAUGCUCGUUGUGAGCAAUCGCUUCCCUUCUGGUCUUGGGGUGAAGACAGGUACAUGCAAGAGUGCCUGAAGAUGUUGGGGGUAGUGCCAAUUUCCGACUACAACAACAAUGUACGCGACGCGCGCUGCUGGGGAUCUGAUUGUGGCAACAAAGGUGCGGUGGCCUUCCAUGCGUACAAAACGGUGAACAGUUGGUACCAUUGCUACCUGGCAUCCGCAUGA